GUAAGGACGUUGUACGUUUGGCGUUCACUCUCACGCACAUUGCUGCCGCGUUUUGACGAAGGUGGUAAAUUUCGCGAGUUUCUGGACGAAGUUUGAUGUGAUAUGAGCGGAGAUGAAGUGGCGUGACAUGAAUCCGCUUGAGUGGCGGGAGUUUAUUCAUCACGAGGUCUGUGUAACGGCUUGCGAUGAGCAGCGCUUUGAAGGAUCCGUGUUCACCGUUGAUCCCGUUUCCGCCAGUGUGGUGCUGGUGACCUUCCAGGAGACCGACCGGGCGUCUGUCCGGGUGAUUCUGGGUCACGCGGUGAAAGAGGUUCGGAUCCUCCGGAGCGGAUCAGAGGAGACGGAGAGACGGAUGAAGAGGCUGAUCGUGCCGGACACGACGCCGUCUCUCUGCCCGGAGGAGCUUCAGUCACGCAGAGAGAAUCUGCGCCUGUGGCUGGAGAGAAACCGGUUCCCGGUCACUGAAGACGGACAGGAUCUGCGCGUGGCCAGUGUGCUGACGAUCAGCGCCCCCUACAGACCGGAAGACUGCAGCUGCACCAAUGAGAUCAUACUGGCCAGAGUUCAGAGUCUCGUGCAGAACAAACAGUAUGCACCGACAAUAACCGAUGACAUCACAUGAGCAUUUACGCCGAAGAUGUCAAACACGUCUCGAGACUAACGGAUGUCCAGAAUCUCUAUUAUGGGAGGAAAACUCAUCACGUCAUCUACUGCUCGAUACGGUUGAAUCGAUGACGACGUCGUAAGAGACGAUGAUGUAAGCACUUCGUGCAGACAUGUGUGAAUACGUAUUGGACUCACUCUUCUACCAUUUCUGAUGUACAGACUCUUGGUCUUAUGACAUUGCAAAUUAAAAAUGUUGUUUGUAAUCUUUAUAAUAAAAAAGCUUGAAAAUAAAUCCCGGCUGUCUGUUU